CUCGGGCGCCUCACGCACUACGCCUUCGAUGCGGUCCUGAUAUCUGCCUUCCUGGCCGGAGUCAAGAGAAGCACAGGCCUCACUAUCAAGUCAUCCUCUAUUGGCGAAAGCAAAGAGAUUCAGACUUGGGUCGACCGAUACCUCGGCGUCGGAGAAUGGGUCAUGGACCAGUCGGUCGCUGUGAUGGGGAGCAGUGGUUUCUUUGAGAGAAGACGAUGA